CGGCUGUCGUCGCGUGUCAGCUUCACACUGCGACUUGAUUGUUGUUAGCAGCCACGUCUCACAAGUCAGGUGCACACCUACAGAGGAGAAACGUGCUCGUGUAUGGGCUGUCAUCUAAUUUCACACUGAUGUUGUGCAGACAUGUGUGCUUGUCGGGUUGUAUUCUUAUCUUGCACACCUUUGCACCUCGUGUUGCCGCAAAAAAAAAAAAUAGCGGCUAGCUAAACAGUCAAUGUCCUACUUCCUCCUUCUGCACUCGCCGCCGCGUCCAGCUGGAUUCACGGUGAUCUUCUGUCUUUGAUUGAGGCGUCCAGACUUCAACGAGAGGACAGGGGACACCAGGACUUUGUAGGAUUUACUCUAACACUCAAAGACUGAUCAAUUGCUGGGCCAAUCAGAAGAUGGACUGACAUUCAAAACUCAUCGCCCUCCCCUCCUCCCCCAUCCCCUCACCUCCCUCAUCAUCCACCUGUCGGGCCCCUUUGGUGGGGGGCCCUCCCCCCCCAUCAGGCAGCAGGCGCGAUGCCAGCCUACAGACACUCUGCCAGGCACUCGCUGUGGCGUCUCCUGUCACCGUUCCGCUCCCGCCAGGAGCGAGUGGUGCUGGCCCGCAGCGAGAGCAUGCCGGGGGAGCAGGUGCUGAAGAUCACAGUCACAGAGACUACAGUGAUCGAGACAGAGUCAGGGGUGUGGAAUUGGCGCUCCAUGAUCUACCUGGCUCUGUGGUAUUUCUUCAGCUUCUGCACCUUGUUCCUUAACAAAUACAUCCUGUCCCUGCUGGAGGGUGAGCCCAGCAUGCUGGGUGCUAUUCAGAUGCUCUCCACCACCGUCAUAGGCUGCUUAAAGAUGUUUGUGCCCUGUUGCCUGUACCAGCACAAGUCCAGAACCGAGUACCCACCCAACUUCAUCAUGAUCAUGCUAUUUGUUGGAGUCAUGAGGUUCACCACAGUGGUUCUGGGCUUGGUGAGCCUGAAAAAUGUAGCGGUGUCUUUUGCAGAGACAGUCAAGAGCUCAGCACCUAUCUUCACUGUCAUCAUGUCCAGGUUGAUCCUCGGGGAGUACACAGGGCUGUGGGUGAACCUAUCCCUUUUCCCUGUCAUGGCCGGCCUGGCCCUCUGCACAGCCACGGAGAUCAGCUUCAACAUGCUCGGCUUCUCCGCCGCUCUCUCCACCAACAUCAUGGACUGUUUGCAGAACGUAUUCUCCAAAAAACUGCUAAGUGGGGACACAUAUAGGUUCAGCCCCCCUGAACUGCAGUUUUAUACCAGUGCAGCAGGAAUCAUUAUGCUAAUCCCUGCCUGGGUGUUCCUCUUGGACAUCCCAGUCAUUGGAAAGAGUGGACGGAGCUUCAUCGUCAGUCAAGACAUUAUCCUGUUGCUGCUUUUUGACGGCGCCCUGUUCCACCUGCAGAGUGUGACUGCCUACGCGCUCAUGGGACGGAUUUCCCCCGUUACCUUCAGUGUUGCCAGUACUGUCAAACACGCCCUGUCUGUUUGGCUGAGCAUCCUCGUGUUCAGUAACCAGGUCACCAUCCUCAGCGCCAUUGGCACUGUCCUCGUGUUCAUCGGGGUCUUCUUGUACAACAAGGCCAGGCAGAUCCAAAGGGCAACUUUACAGGCCAUGGCUGCUGAGCAGAACCAUAAACCACUACUGCAUGACUUGCAGGACUUCCAAGCAGGACCUCAGUCUCAUUGAGAACUCAGCACUAAAAUGCUGCCUGAAAUAGGAUCAAGGUGUCAAUAAGAUUCUGUUUGCUUACCUGUGGCUGUUGAGACGGGAUGUCAGGAUAUUUGUUUGUUGCACACAUUCCGGGUUAAAGGUCCAGUGUGUCAGAUUUAGAGGACUCUUUUUACAGACUAUUGCAUAAAUUGAAUAAAAUGUGCAUAACUCUAACACUAACAUAACUUAGUGUAUAAUCACCUGUGUCAUUUUGAAUCAUGUCAUCAAUCAAGACACACUCAAUACUGGCUGUAGAGAGGACCUUUAGCGUUUCGCUGCCGCCGUAGUUUCUCCUUCAUGUUUGGAAUAAGAGGGCGAGUGGAGGGGGUUGCAAUCUGUAACUGCACCACUAACUCCUACACACUUGACCUUUUUAAAGAGGACUCACUCAUGUUUUUGUUUUUUUAGGUUCCACUUGGUAUGACUGUUGUCUCAAAGCCUAAAAGUAAACUUGGUAAAGGUCAGUGUCUCUUUGACGAAGCCAUCACUCUUCCUGUGAAAGAGUACUCACAGUAUUCCUUUGUCCUUACCUGAUUACGUACUUAAACUUUCAUCUUCGUUGGUCUUGGCUUUGUCUAAUAUCAGUCAGUAAAAGGAGAAGCUCAGGGUGUCCUUCAUCUUUUUGAAGGAAGUCUCUUCUGUAAGCUUUUUGUCUUACAUUUGCAUUCCAGAGUGUGCUGGUUUAUCUCUCAUCUGUGGUACAACAGCUGCUGAAUGUAUGCUUUUGUGAAUAUCUGUAAAGCAUUGAACCUGUAAGAUUUUAAUUUUGUGUUGAUGUAACCCAUACUGCAUCAUACCAUGUAAAAUGUAUCUCAAUUGCAUCUAAAUCUAAGAUGUGAAUAGGGCAACAGUGCCUGAGAUGGGAGGCCUCGUCCAGCCAAAGCAUAUAUCGGCUGUUUGGCACAUUUUUUUUAAACAAUGCGUGAAACAUUUGAAAACCACAUACUGCAUUCUAGGAAUGCUCAUCGUCCCUUCUGGGUGUAUAUGUGUGUGUGUGUAUAUAUAUGUGUAUAUAUAUAUAUACAGGGUUUAUGUACCUGCAUUUUCUUUGUAAACUGACUGCAUGCUGGGAUAGCAGCCCUGGCAAACCUGAACAGGAAAGAGAUGUCUAGAGAAUUAAUGAAUUUAUCAGCUGCUGUAUAUUACACACUCAUGAUCUCAAGAAACAAUUACAACUUACGUUUUUAUGGUUUGAUUUACGGUUUUAUUUUCGCAGCUUGGUCCAACAGUCAGACGUUCAGACAGAUUUCAAACAGUUGUGAUAAUUUGUGAAAUGAACACACAAACUGUCUAAACCGCUUCCAAACCAACUUCCUGGCUCAGCUUUGACCUGCUGCACUGACUUGCACUUUGUGGGAUGACGAGAGUUUUACCCCCAAAUGAAGUGGCAGCUUGCUUUAUGCAGCUGUCUGAUUGUCUGACUGUUUGUGGUUCUUGCUCUGUUGGAUCUUUUUUUUUUUUUUUCAGUAAUGUUCCAGGAUCUCAGGUGAUUGCAGUGUUAUCACAAACAACUGAACCAAAGGGCCAAACAACGAAAAUAAAACCCGGCUUGUAAUAAACCAGAGGUUAUUAUUUCCAUUUUUAAAAAAAGCCCUGUUAAUUUAUACUAAUGGGAUUCAAUGUAAAACCUAUGUCACUGACAUCUCUGUGAGCCAUCCUGUGGCUGUUGCUACUUUUAAAUACACAUCAAUAUUUCAUGAUUAAUUUGAGCUGCGAUAAAUUCACAUUCUCAUUUGAGCUCCUGCGCUGAAUGUUAAGUUUUCUUCCACAGAUGCCUUUCUGUCAUAGUAACAAAUUAGUGCCAUGUUAUCAGCUGCAUGGUGCCAAUCUAAACUCACUCUGACUUUAAUCACAUCUGUCCCAACAUUUCUGUAGGCAGUGACUGACAAAGUCCAUCAGGUGUCUGAUAGGACUAAUCUGUGUCUCACUGUUGGGUUUGAGGUUUGUCUUUUUUUUAUAUAAUCAUUUUCAUAAUACUCUACUUCUGCUGCAGGUUUUUGUGCCUCAAGAAACUUUUUUUUUUCCUUUCUGGUCUGUUUUGAGUUUGAUCAUAAAGGGUUGUCUGACUUGAACAUACAUAUAUUUUAAUUUACAUUCUAAACGUUCAUUUUACGUGAUUAUUUCCUGUCAUUGUUUGAGGAUUUGUUCACGUUGAAGUGCUUAUCAAAACCAUGUGUGGGCUUAAUAUUGAUAUCCUACAUAUCUGUCUUUAAUUUUCCAUAUUAAGCCUGUAAUGGUGCAUCUAGAGUUAAGUUCAAACAUGCACAUCAACAGCUUUUUUUUUCUUUAUCUGGACCAUUACAAGUGGGACAGAACUGUUAUGAACUGUAUGUUUGGGAAUGUGCAAAUCAAAGAUGUAAAAUAUUCACUCAUGUGACUCUUUAGUGAGGAUGUGAUUAUGUUUGAUGGACAUUGUGCAGCAAAUAAAAGUAUUUU